AUGGAUACAAAACAAAACCCACACACUAUAACAAAGUGCAACUCACCCGAAUUCGAAUUCUGGAUGCUCCGAAACCCAUCUUUCCCACAACCAAAUCUUCUCACCGCCGACGAACUUUUCGUCGACGGUGUACUCCUUCCCCUCCACCUUAUCCCUGCCACAAAUAACCCCGACCCACCUCAACAAUCACCAAGCCCGGAUCCACUAGUUAAAGAGCCGGAUCCAGAACCCGGUUCUCAACCCGAAUCUUCACCUGCUAUAACUGAAUCCUCAACCACCACCACUUUCUCUUCUUCAAAACGGUGGAAAGAUAUUUUCCGAAAAGGUGAGAAAAAAAACAUCACAGAAGAGAAAGAGAAAGAGAAAGAGAACAAGAAGAAGAAGAAAGAGAGAAAAAACGGAAACGGUUCCACUUCUGCAGAGUUGAACAUCAACAUAUGGCCAUUUUCACGAAGUAGGUCCGCGGGUAACACCGGCACCCGACCCAAAUUAUUUCCUCCAGUUACCCGGAAAGUCAACAGCGCGCCGUGUUCUCGUAGCAACUCAACCGGAGAGUCAAAAUCUAGAAAAUGGCCGAACAGUCCGGGUCGUGCCGGAGUCCACGUCGGUCGGAGCAGUCCAGUAUGGCAGGUUCGUCGCGGUAUCUCCAAAAACUCAGAGCAACAACCUCUCAACACAGAGAAAGAGAAAGCUUCAAAAACUGAAUCCGCCGCAACUCGCCGGAGCAAGGUGGUUUCUAGCGGCGGAGGUAAAACUAGGGUUUUGAAUUUGAAUGUUCCGAUGUGUAUUGGCUACAGACAUCACUUGAGCUGUAGAAGUGACGAGAACGGUGCCGUCGGUGUGAGCAGUGGCGCCGUCGCGAACGGCGGUGGUGAGUGUCAUCACGAUGAAGGAAGUGGCGGUAACAUUUUUAAUCUACGCAACCUUUUUACCAAAAAAAGCAUAGUAACUUCUCACUAG